AUGCAAAACAAACACAAAACUGGGGUUGAAGUGACUCCAAACCAAAAUACUGUUUUGCAUAUUACAUCCCAAUUAGGCAAAACAGAAUGUGUGCAGGAGAUCCUGUCAGUGCAUCCAUCGCUAUUACGUCACGUGAAUUCAAGUGGCGAGUUUGCACUUCACCUUGUAGCAAAGAAUGGACACUAUGACGUAGUUCUAAAACUCGUCAAUUGUGCAACAUCACUUGAUGCAUCAAAGCUUGAAGGUGGAGUUGGCGCAGUCAAGGAAAUGCUAAGGUUGACAAAAGAGGAUGGAGACACAGCCUUGCAUGAAACUGUUUGA